AUGUCUCUUUUGCCCUUCUUCAGGUUCACUGAGAUGCUCCAAUGGCUUCUCUUGCUUUCGCUACCUCCACUUCUCAUCUUCUUCGCAACCUAUCUUCGCUCACCGAAAAAUCUUCCGCCAUGUCCUCCAAGGCUACCUAUCUUAGGAAACAUCCACCAGCUCGGAAGUCUCCCUUACCGCAACCUCAGAGAUCUCUCGCUCAAAUACGGCCCCGUCAUCACCGUCUAUCUCGGAAGCGUCCGCACGGUUGUUGUCCACUCUCCGGAGACGGCGGAAGAAGUUCUGAAAGCUCACGACUCCGAUUGCUGCACUCGCCCGAAAUUAUCCAUCACCAAGAGCUUUUUCUACGACGGACUCGGACUAGGAUUCACUCAAUGGGGCGAUUACUAUAAAGACGUUCGUAAACUCUGCGUUCUCGAGCUCUUCUCCGUCAAACGAGCCAACUCGUUUCGGAAUUUGAGAGAGGAGGAGCUGAGUCGACUCGUCAACUCGCUAUCCGAGUCGGCCGGUUCUGGAUCUUCCGUAGAUCUGAGCGAGAAGCUGGUCAAGUUCGUCGCGAGCUUCACUUGUCGAAUGGCGUUCGGGUUGAGUUUCCUCGGAAGUGGAAUCGACAACGAGAGGUUCCUGGAAGUGUUCACGGAGGCGAAUCGAGUGAUCGGAAAAUUCGCGGCGGAGGAUAUCUUCCCUGUGUUUGGUUGGAUCGUUGAUCGGAUCUCCGGGCUUGAAUCCAGCCGGAGGAAGGCCUUCCGAGAUCUCGACACGUUUUACCAGAAGGCCAUCGUCGAUCAUCGGGUUAAGAAGAAAACUGAAGGAGAACGUGAAGAUCUCAUCGACAUCCUCCUCAAGUUACGGAGUCAAGAAACCAAACUCGGCUCCUCUGGAAUCACUGAUAAACACAUCAGAGCCAUUCUUAUGGAUGUGUUUGUAGCAGGAGUAGAUACAUCUUCGAUCAGUAUGGAUUGGGCAAUGGCAGAGAUUGCAAGACAUCCAAGAGUGAUGAAGAAGCUACAAACGGAUAUUCGUGAACACGUAGGAGACAAAGGGAAAGUCUCUUACGAGGAUCUCGAAGGUCUAGUUUACAUGAAAAUGGUGAUCAAGGAGACUUGGAGGUUACACGCACCGAGUCCGAUUCUGAUUCCGAGAGAGGCAAUGUCGAGAUUCAAGAUCAAAGGCUACGACAUUUACCCUGGAACGAGGAUUCAUGUGAACACAUGGGCCAUUGGACGUAGCCCUGAUGUGUGGGAAGAUCCUGAUGAGUUUAUCCCUGAGAGGUUUGUGGGUAGCAAUGUGGAGACUAAAGGGACGAGCUUUGAGUUGUUGCCGUUUGGGAGCGGACGGAGAGGUUGUCCGGCGAUGUACGUGGGGUUAACGACGGUGGAGUUUACGUUGGCGAAUCUUUUGUAUCAUUUUGAUUGGAAAGUGGUGGAGGAAGUGAGUGUUGAAGAAGCUCCUGGUCUUACUAGCCAUAGGAAGCAUCCUCUUCGCCUUGUUCCUGUUAAUGUCGUAAGUCGCAAGUAA